AUGGCUGGCAGACGCAGAGGUCGAGAUAGACCCGGAACUCAGAAUUCGGAUUCGGAACCACCGAGUGGUAGUGAAGGGGUUUCACAGGAAGCUACAGGUGGUAGUUUCUUAGAUUUCUUCCGCAUGAAUCCUCAUGAAUUCCAUGGUGGGAUGAAUCCUGUGAAGGCUCAAGAGUGGAUAACCAGCAUGGAAAGGAUUUUUCAGAUAGUGCAUUGCAGUGAAGAGAAUAAGGUUGUGUUUUCUUCUCACAUGAUGAAGGGUGCAGCUGUGAGAUGGUGGGAGAGUGCUUCGACUCUUAUGACCAAUCAAGGAGUACCUACGGAUUGGGAGCAUUUUAAGACUAUUUUCCUAUAUAAGUAUUUUCCUAGUUCUUUGAGGACUCAGAAAGAGUUUGAAUUUCAACAACUUAGUUUGAUGAAAGUUCAAGAAGAAAGGGAUCAGUAUAGGAGUGGACAGAGGGACCAAGGGAGGCCAGGUAGCCAGUUUAGGCCUAGAUCUCAGGCUUUCAAAGAAAAACAGGUGCAACAUGCAAGACCUAACCAACCUCCUCGAUGUCAAGUGUGUAAGAAGCCUCAUUUUGGAAGAUGUGUUGGAAGUGGAGUUAGGUGUUUUACUUGUCAGAGGGAGGGACACAUGUCUAGGGAAUGUCCUCAGAAUAAGAAUCAGAUGCAGGGGAGGAGCACCUGUCGAGUUUAUACUUUGGAUUCAAGGAAGGCUAAGAGAAUAAUGCCUUAA